AUGUGAAAAUGACCCCUCGGAAGAAACUCAAACCAAAAAGAUUGAGGCUUCUAAUCAGGAUUAUUUAUUCUAUAUUGCUGACCCCUCAAUUACUAAUGAAAUUAAAGAAAUGGUGGUCUAUUCCCCCUCCAAAGGCCCCGAGGAAAGAACCCGACUUUACCAAGACUAUAAAGAGGAAUUUUCCGAAUUACGAAGAGUUUAUGGCAUUAGACAUUUAACCAGCAAAAAAGAAGAAAGACAAAAUAAUCCGGAAAUAGAACUCAAUGAGGCUCAAUUUAUUGCUUUGGAAAGAGACAAAAAGAGGGAAAGAGAAAAAAGUAUUUGGGAAUUUGAAAAGAAAGUGGGUUGCCAAGGAGAGCAUAUUUUAAGUUAUGGCACUUCACCCGAACAAAGGGAGGAAAAAGUUUUGGAGGUAAAAGAGAUGGAGGAAGUGAAGGAAGAAACCCGAGAAAAGUCGGAACAGUUGGAACAAAAAGAAACUUCCCAGCAAGAUUUACAACAAGAAAUCAAAAAAUAA